AUGGGCUAUGCCAUCAGCAGCACUUUAUUUGGCACCUUGUUCACCCUACUGCCCCACACAGCACACAGCACUGAGGAUGCGGGACUCUGCCCAGAAACUAGCCAGUAUUUUUACAGAGCCUCGUCGCCGCGGCCUGCACCAACCCUGCGGCUCCGGGGGCCGUGCGGGGGGCCAGGCCAGGGCUCUGCGGAGCGCUGCGAAGCGAAGUACCCAGAGCAGCAGCCGGGCUCGCGCACGCCGCGGAAACCGAGCAGGCCGAGGGCAGCGGCGGGCCGGGAACCGCCGCCGGAAAAGUUGCAUCCAAGAAACCUUAUCCCAGAACUUUGUAGACUGUUUUAUGGCUUAGGCUGGGUAACAGGAACAGGUGGAGGAAUCAGCUUGAAACAUGGGAAUGAAAUCUAUAUUGCUCCCUCAGGAGUCCAGAAGGAAAGAAUACAGCCAGAAGAUAUGUUUGUUUGUGACAUAAAAGAGCAGGACAUCAGUGGACCCCCAGCACACAAGAAACUAAAGAAAAGCCAGUGUACACCACUUUUUAUGAAUGCCUACACUAUGAGAGGAGCAGGUGCAGUGAUCCAUACUCAUUCCAAGGCUGCUGUUAUGGCUACACUUCUUUACCCAGGGAGUGAAUUCACUAUUACCCAUCAGGAGAUGAUAAAAGGAAUUCAGAAGUGCACUUCGGGAGGAUAUUACCGAUAUGAUGAUACACUGAUUGUUCCCAUUAUUGAGAAUACACCAGAAGAGAAGGAUCUCAAGGAAAGAAUGGCACGUGCGAUGGAACAAUACCCAGACUCUUGCGCUGUUUUGGUGAGACGUCAUGGAGUUUACGUAUGGGGAGAAACAUGGGAAAAAGCCAAAACAAUGUGCGAGUGUUACGAUUACCUGUUUGACAUCGCCGUGCAGAUGAAGCAGCAUGGGCUAGAUCCUUCAAAACAUCCAUCAGGAGAAAAUGGGAUCCUGUAAAUGGCAACAACAUUCAGAAUUUUCUUCCUGCGUCAUUACUGGAGCUCCAGGUUCCAUGUCACACCCCUGGAACCAGGAGGGGGUGCUGUUAGACUCGCUGCUUUGGCAAACGCAACCCAUCGGUCUUGACGAUCAAAGAGCAAAAGGAGAGUUGAAAUGAAGAAAAUCCUGAGCAGUCGUUUCUGUUUAUGAAUACUGUCAAAGACUGCAGUGGGAGAAAUGAAAAUUCAGAUGCAAAAAACUGUCUUUGAAGAAAGCUGUGGAGAAUUCCUGUGACAUUUUGUUUGCAUAUUUAAAAAAAAAAAUCAUACUUUUUGAUCCUAAUCCUCUGCUAGAUCAUUUAAUUUGCUCUGGAUCUGGAUUUCUAAGAGAAGGAAAUAGCCUUUUAACUUUUAGACCACCCUCCCGUUAAGUUUAGUAUAAAGCAUAGAUUGAACUSUGAUUCACUUAUACUAUGUUAAUAAGAUUUUGUGAAAUUAAAUAUAUGUAUUUUUAAUCCUCUUUAACUGUCAUUACAGGUAGUAGGAGAUGUGAUUUUAUAGCUUGCAUUUGGGAAUUUUAACUGAGAAGAAUGCUCUGGGUCUUGCCUGUUUUCUUACCUUUGUAAAUCCUUUUCCUUUCAAAAAAAAAUUUAAGACUGUUAUGAUUUUAAAACAUCCUACUUUAAAGUGUCCUACAAUUACCCAGCCUAAAACAGAUUUAAUCCAGCAUUAUGAUUCCAAUAGGAAGCCAAUUAAAACAACCUCACGCAUUUAUGUAUUUUACUUACGUAUCUUCUUUGCCAACCUCGUGGAGCGGCGCCCAGCAGAAGCCGUCGGAGCCCCAGCUCUUUAUGACUGAGCAUUGGGGAUGACGGGAGAGCCCAUCGGCCAACACGUGCUGCCACAGGGAGAGAGCUCUUGCCUUCCAUCCUGUUUGCUGCUGGCGGCCACGCAUUCUCACCACUUCCUUUGCAUCCUCUCUGGCACUUGUUUCAGCUUCCAGGAGGUGAAUUAAUUCAUUAGCCUAAGAGAAAACUGCUUGAAGGGUGAGCAAACAAAAUUAUAUUAUUUCCUGGUCAGCCACUGAUAAGUUGGAUCAGCUCAGAGAUGGGUGCAAAGAGUACCACAGAUGGAAUGAAAGUGGCGAUGGCUAAAACAGGAUGAAGGAACAGGGAGCCCCUUCCCCUUUUGACCACAAUAACUAUUUAACUUACCCAGCUGUUUGUGGGAAUGCAUCCUCUACAUGGUUUGCUAAAACAAGCCAGAAAAAAACUUAUAUUUCUCUCCCAUUAAUAGCAUUGACUUGCUUUAGUUACAGGUGCCAGACUCCUGGAUAUAAUACAACAUAUAUUUUGGCACGCUGGUAAUUGUGUUGUGUGCUGAACUCGCACAAUAAACACAUUGUUUUGGCUUGGUGAUAUUUGUGUGCCCAUGUAACAGUCUGGCUCUAGACUUUGGAAAAAGUCACCUACUGUGAAGCAUCAUGGUGUAAACUAAGUGCCUGCUGUUGUGUUACAUUCACACGCUAAAGAAUUAACUGCUUUUUGAUCUUUUCUGGAUUUCCUUGCACAAUUUAGGUAGGCAGAAAUAACUUUUAAURUAUUUUGCCUGUCCCCCUCCCCCCCAACACACACACCAGUUUUUUUUUUUCCUGCUAUUCAUUUUAUCUUCUGACCUUUGCUGGAAAUAUAGUCAAUCAAAAACUGAAGGAAAAGUGUGUCCCAACAGGCUCGUUACUGCUUCAUUAUUUAUCUGACAUGCUCURUUUUUUUUUUAAGCUCAGAGUCCACCUGCAGUUGUCCCUUCUCAAAUACUCAAUAUACAUCUUUUUUAAAAUUCAUAGAGAAAAGUAAUAUUCAGUGCUGUGCUGACAAGCUGGCAGGUUACAUUAAGAGCUAUAACCCUUAAGCAUAUUUACUUUUCCCCAGUGAAAGUGAGACGUGCCUGCAAGGGGGGCUUAAUUCUCAUGAAGCGAUAGUUAUUGUUAACAUCCUUGAGGUGGUUGGCUGUAUUUUUAGUUAAUGUUCUGCAUAAUUAAGCAUUUAUUUUUCAGUGAUAAAUAUUUUGCAGUGUCUCUGUGUCCUGUGAUGACAUAUGGAUGGCAGCAGAAACUUGCUUUAAAAAAUGGUACCUUUUAGAUCGGAUUGUGCAUUGAGGAGUGCUGCAUACUGUGCUGCUCGAGUCAGGCACAAAUCACAUCCAAGUGAGCUCAAACAUUUAAACACUGUGUUUUCCUUAAUUUUUUUYCCCUAGGAGUCCUGCUUAACACAAACAAACAAAACACCUAAAUUACCUAUUCUGACAAUCCACUUAGUGGUGUAAUCUAUUUUUCCCUAUUGAUUGCGACCUCUGAUACUUUGUUUAAACUGCUAUAUCUCUGUAAAAAGUGAAUUCCUGCGGUAUUCUGAUGAUGCUGUCAGGAUAGGACACAAUUAUAUCUUUCUGUGAUAGUCAUGCUUUGUAAUUUAAAAAAAUGUUUUUCAG